AUGGACUUUGUAGCGCUUCCUAAAAUCGAGCUCCAUGCUCAUCUCACGGGCAGCAUCUCCCGCCAGACACUGCACGAGAUAUGGCUCAAGAAGAAGGCCGCCGGGGAGACAGACCUGGACGAUCCGCUGCUUGUGAUACCAGAGGGCAAGCAUGACUACAAUCUCGAAACCUUCUUCCCCCUCUUCAGCAAAUACAUCUACGCCCUCCUCACCGACGAACCCUCCAUCCGCCACGCCACCCACUCCGUCCUCCAAUCCUUCCUCCAAGACGGCGUCGUCUACCUCGAACUCCGCACAACCCCCCGUCCAACCCCCUUCCUCUCCACCACCCAAUACAUCGCCAUCCUCCUCACCACAAUCGCCGCCUUCGAAGCCUCCCACCCGGCCCUCCACACCCGCCUCAUCCUCUCCAUCGACAGACGCCACGACUUCGCCACCGCGUCCUCCAUCCUCGACCUCGCGCUGUCCACCCCGGACGUCGUGGGCCUCGAUCUCUGCGGCGACCCGGCCGCUCGUCUGGCGGGCGAAGUCGCGCUGUUUACGCCGCUGUUUGAAAGGGCGCGUGCGGAAGGGUUGGGCAUCACGGUGCACUUUGCGGAGGCGGAGACGAGUGCUUCGGCGGCGGAGCUGAAGACUUUGUUGGGCUGGAGACCGCAUCGACUGGGUCAUGUUAUCUGGGAGGACGCUGAUGCGAAGCGCGAGAUUGCGCUGCGAAAGGAUGAGUUGUGUUUGGAGCUGUGUCUGAGCUGUAAUGUGCAUGCGGGUAUGGUCAAGAGCGGCAGCGGCUUUGACGACCAUCAUUUUGGGGAGUGGAGGGCAGUUGAGGGCGUCAAGGUGUCUCUAGGAACCGACGACGUGGGCAUCUUCGGCAGCCCCCUAUCCAAUGAAUACCGCCUCGUCGCCCAGCACUUCCGCCUCGACGACCCCCAGAUCUGCGCCCUCGCCAGAGAACCCAUCGAUCACAUCUUCGGCGGCGACCUCGAAAAGGAGAGACUUCGCAAAAUCAUGUGGCCCUGA